AAUGACCAAGUAAGGAAAUCAUUUUUAAUAUCGUAGCAUUAAUUUUAGGCAGCACUGUUUAACUUAUUGCAUCUUCAAUCAAAAUGCGGAAAAGCUGCGAACCAGGAGAACAAGAAAUCUGCAGGCUAUGCAAGAGACACCGGAGGUCGUCACAACUGUGGUCAAAUAUCGUUUACACUUUUCUUGCUCAAGGUGUUGUCACGCAUUUAGCUUUCCUGUUUUGCUAUUUUUGCUUCGCAUUUGUGGCGGAAGUUACAGAUGCAUGCCUUCAAGUAAACGGCAAGCAAGCUAUAACGGAUAUAUGUAGCCGGUGGGCAAGUUCUAAUUCAAUUUUUGCAAAAAUUCUUUUGGAAAGUCAAAACUUAUCUAAAAGUCAUGGUUUACCAGUACAGGUAGUUAUCGGAUUGAUCGCAAAAGAUAUUAUGUUUAUAUGGACACAAAAUUCCGAAGGACGAGUGGGAAGGCGCGUUUCCAAGAAAAGAACCAAACGGACCGUUAGAAAAAGAUGGCACAACAAACUGCUGAAACAUCUUAUACGAGUUUUAAACAACAUAAAAGCGGUGUUGUACAGUAGAUAUUUUAAGAAUCCCUUUUAUUUAAAGUCGAAAUACAGAACCAGUAAAACAGGAAUUUCUGGCUAUGGUCGAAACCGUCAAAGCAAACGUACUCGCUUGAAAUCGCUAAGCUACGUUGACAACGAAUAUGACGCUUCAGCAUCCGAAACUGAAUCACUUCGGACGAAUACUGAGUUCGCCCCAUCUUCGACAACAGUACAGAAGUAUGGUCGUCUUUACCAUCAUGCCAUUAGACCGCAAUCAAUAGAGCUUUUAGAUUUUCCUCUGACUCGUACUCCACCAUCCAGCAACCAAAAUUAUACUGCCACUAUGCUGCCACCUAGCGGAAUCGAAGAUACAUUUGACAAAACCAAACGUUGGUUGAAUGACGACUCACCAAUUAUCGUUGAUGAUGUUCCGCAUGAGGGGGCUAGCAUAUGUCAAUCAUCAGUCAAGCGUGGCACUAUUUACUCAUCUAUGACGAAGCGACCAAUCAGACGUCGUAGUCGUACUGACGAAAUAACAAUCGAGGAAGCGCGCUCUCGCGGAAUUACGACGCAAUAUUUAAGACCAAUAAGAAGCCGUGGGCGUGUUGCGUCAAAUAAUAAAGCACACAGAUAGUAAAA